UGAAAUUGAAUAAUAAAAUGGCAGUGAAUGAACUGAAAUUCAAUUUGAGAGAGUCAAUUUGACUAAGUCUAAGUGAGAUAUUGAAAAGUUUUCAAUAUUCCGAAAGCUAACCGAGAUGUCGAAACAUUUUAUUUUCGUUUAAUUUUUUUUUCAUUUUACGAAAAUCGAUCAUCACAACCCGUGGCUACCGGAACCGUAGCGAACUACAUGUUUUCACUAGGGGCCAGUUGGAAACCUUCAACCUUUGAUAUUUCAAAAACGCAGGGAGAUAUCGAAAAUUUUUACGUUUUAGUUUAGUCUUAUUUUGGGCCAUUGUACCAGAUCCAUCAUCAAAUCGCGGGGCCACGGAAACUAUAAUCUCCCCGUAUUGCGUAUCGGACUUGUCUAUUGCUUAAUAGAAGUCCGUGGACUGAACUUCAUUUGAGAGCUCUUUCACUCCGCACGCACGCAGUCAGUUCGCUGUUGUGUUUAGGCCUUUAGUUUGGUACGACGAAUGUCUCCUGGCGGCUCGCGAUGACACUUGAAAAGCUCUACAGAAACGAAUAGGUUAGUAUGUUUUGGUCCGUUAUUUUGGCGUAGUGUAACAGUCCGGCAAGGCGAAUUUCAAUUAUUUCUAAAAUCUGUGUGUUGGGGCGGUUGGGUAAAAAAUGUUAACGCAAAGUUUAGAUCAAGAUGCUCAAGUGACAUCCGGUGAAACACAACUAAAGUCCUUCGGCAGUUUCCUCGAUAACUAUGAUAGUAGGCUAACAUCGCUUCUGAACGGCUUAACUAACGGUCACGCGGAAAAUUUCCAUUCAAAUUUGGAUAAAGUACAAAUUGAAAGUUCCGCAGAGAUUCCAGCAAUAACCAUAUCUUACACACCGCCCAGUGAAUGCAUUUCAAUAUUUCGAUUAGCUGAUUCAGAUAAUAAAACACUCAACAAAGUUCUGGCAACAUUCUCACAAUUGUGCGAUGAGGGAACAAAACUUAAAACUGCAGCGCGGCAGCAUCAAUUUAAGCUACUUUACUUUGAUGAACACCUAUGUGCGUACGAGGAGCAAGGAGAAGAGUGCUUAAAUGGAAUGGGCGAUUUGUUGGAGUUACUUUAUUCUGUCCAGUACUUGUCGCAAAGAUGCAUAACUGUUGCAAGUACGAUUCUCCAACAGUUGGGGGCUCUGUUUGCCUACCGUGCAAUAGAUAAUAGACUGGACUUACAGCUGGCAAUGCAAUUUCAGGAAGUUUUUAAUCGGCUUAGUGAAACCAUCCUGCAAUUGAUUGUUUUCGAUGAAAUUUUGGUCAGUUCCAGGCUCCAAAGUUUCUGGCAAACAUACAAGAAGGCAAUCUACUCAAUAAGUCGGAAUAAGGAUCGAUUCAACCACCCGUACACCGAAUAUGCAAUCAGUGGGCUUAUGAAUGUUCUCAAUUCUCUGGAAAUGUUAUUUGCGGGAAGUCUUUUUCAGUUUGUUUAUAUUAUGUCGAUCGAAUGAAUUCAUCUAUUGUUUGAAAUAGUGACGACUCAUCAUAUUUGAGAUAUGAAUUGAAUAUUGGAAAAGAUAAGGCGAUGAGCCAUAUGGUAUUGAUCGGAUUGAUGUUUACAUUAGUUGGGGGAUGUUUACAUAUGAACUUAUAUUAAUGUUUACAUUAUAGAUUACUUGUUAUGAUAUGGGCUGAUGUCAUUAUCUGGACUAUUGGUGAAGGUGACCUUGGGGUUAGGUGCAAGUGUACUAGGCGUACUUAUAUUAAUGGGUGUAAGGUCCUGUGUAACUCCUCCUACCUUAAGUUUAUUGUUGUCCUCAAUUUUUAUUUUACUU